GCCGCGGGUGAUCAGCUGGUCUGCGCUUCCCUGACGUGGGCCGGGGCACGUCACUGCCGAAUGGCAGCCUCCAGAAAGCCGCCGCGAGGAAGGGCUCAUCACCAGGAUUUUCAACUGAGAAACUUAAGAAUAAUUGAACCUAACGAGAGGACACCCUCAGGAGACACGGGCGUGGGAAAAGAUCACGGGAUGGCUCCAAAGGUGACUUCAGAGCUGCUGAGGCAGCUGAGACAAGCCAUGAGGAACGCUGAGUAUGUGACGGAGCCAAUCCAGGCGUACAUCAUCCCGUCGGGAGAUGCCCACCAGAGCGAGUACAUUGCUCCGUGUGACUGCCGGCGGGCCUUUGUGUCUGGAUUCGAUGGCUCUGCGGGCACAGCCAUCGUCACAGAAGAGCAUGCGGCCAUGUGGACUGAUGGGCGUUACUUUCUUCAGGCUGCCAAGCAGAUGGACAGCAACUGGACGCUCAUGAAAAUGGGUUUGAAGGACACCCCGACUCAGGAAGACUGGCUAGUGAGUGUGCUUCCUGAGGGGUCCAGGGUUGGUGUGGACCCCCUGAUCAUUCCUACAGAUUACUGGAAGAAGAUGGCCAAGGUCCUAAGGAGUGCUGGCCACCACCUCGUUCCGGUCAAGGAGAACCUUGUCGACAAGAUCUGGACUGACCGUCCCGAGCGGCCCUGCAAGCCGCUCCUCACGCUGGGCCUGGAUUACACAGGCAUCUCCUGGAAGGAGAAGGUUGCAGACCUUCGGUUGAAAAUGGCUGAGAGGAACAUCGUGUGGUUUGUGGUCACUGCCCUGGAUGAGGUUGCAUGGCUGUUCAAUCUCCGAGGAUCAGACGUGGAGCACAAUCCAGUGUUUUUCUCUUAUGCAAUCAUAGGACUAGACACGAUCAUGCUCUUCAUCGACGGGGACCGCAUAGACGAGCCCAGUGUGAAGCAACACCUGCUGCUCGACUUGGGCCUGGAAGCCGAAUACAGAAUCCAGGUGCUUCCCUACAAGGCCGUGCUCAGCGAGCUCAAGACCCUGUGUGCUGGCCUCUCUCCGAGGGAGAAGGUGUGGGUCAGCGACAAGGCCAGCUACGCCGUGAGCGAGGCCAUCCCCAAGGGUCACCGCUGUUGUAUGCCUUAUACCCCCAUCUGCAUCGCCAAAGCUGUGAAGAAUUCAGCUGAGUCUGAAGGCAUGCGGCGGGCGCACAUUAAAGACGCCGUUGCCCUCUGUGAACUCUUCAACUGGCUGGAGAAGGAGGUGCCCAAAGGUGGUGUGACGGAGAUCUCGGCUGCGGACAAAGCUGAGGAGUUUCGCAGGCAGCAGGCCGACUUUGUGGACCUGAGCUUCCCAACCAUUUCCAGCACGGGGCCCAACGGCGCCAUCAUUCACUACGCGCCAGUCCCCGAGACGAAUAGGACCUUGUCCCUGGAUGAAGUCUACCUCAUUGAUUCGGGUGCCCAGUACAAGGAUGGAACCACAGAUGUGACCCGGACCAUGCAUUUUGGGACUCCCACAGCCUAUGAGAAGGAAUGUUUCACGUAUGUCCUCAAAGGCCACAUAGCUGUGAGCGCAGCCGUUUUCCCGACCGGAACCAAAGGCCAUCUUCUAGACUCCUUUGCCCGUUCUGCUCUGUGGGAUUCCGGCCUGGAUUACCUGCACGGAACGGGGCACGGUGUUGGGUCGUUUUUGAAUGUUCAUGAGGGUCCGUGUGGCAUCAGUUACAAGACAUUUUCCGAUGAGCCCUUGGAGGCCGGCAUGAUCGUCACCGACGAGCCAGGGUAUUACGAAGAUGGAGCUUUUGGAAUUCGCAUUGAGAAUGUGGUCUUGGUGGUUCCUGUGAAGACCAAGUAUAAUUUCAAUAACCGGGGAAGCCUGACCUUUGAACCUCUAACUCUGGUUCCGAUCCAGACCAAAAUGAUAGAUGUGGAUUCUCUUACCGACAAAGAGGAUCUGUGGAAUGCGGUCUUUGCAGCCGAAAGCCUCUUCCACUGUGUCAAGCUCACAGUGCGACUGGCUCAACAAUUACCACCUGACCUGCAGGGACGUGAUCGGGAAGGAACUGCAGAAACAAGGCCGCCAGGAAGCCCUGGAGUGGCUCAUCCGGGAGACGCAGCCCGUGUCCAGGCAGCACUGAGCCCUCCCCGGGCCUGUGGUGUGCAAUGCUGUGGUGAGAGGAAGACACGUGGCAGACCCCCCUCCCACGCCCUCCCUGUCCCCCUGCUCCCCUUUUUACUCUUAGAUGCUAAGAAGAACUGAAAAAAACAAAUCUUCUUAUCUUCUUUGAUAUUUUCUCGCACACACUCGGUCUUUUAUGAUUUUUUUUUUUUAAUUGUUGAGAAUGAGCCAAGAAUAAAAUUGCUGCACCAGAAGGAGAGUCCCCAGGAAGCUCAAUACUUGACGAGGGGGGAGACGCCCCGCCCUGUUCCCCGGACAGUGCUGGUGAAACCGGGAGUGCUCGGCCACGGUUACGGCCCAGGUGCUAGUCCCCCCCUCAGGGUCACCCUCGUGUCCACAAGACUGUAUUUAUGAUCAGUGAAUAAAAGUGUCCAAACACC